AUUAAGACAACAUAAUUAGCACAACAAACGUAUUUUGAUUCUUUAUUCACCUGUGGUACAACAUCUUAAUCAAUAAUUAAAAACAUCACAGUUUUUCAGAACUAUGUAUUUUUGUUUUUCAGAAGCUUUGGUAUUAACAGCGUAUAAGCUUUGGUAUUAACAGCGUUUCUGUGCAUGCUGUAAGCGGAAGCUAAGCAGUAGAAACUUACAGCCUUCGUCAUCAGCGUUUUUUUUAAAAAAACGCAUAGAUUUAUUUCCCUCUGAAAAAAUGAAUUUAAAUGACAUACAGGUCACAUUUACGGAGCACGGAUCCGGAUCCGGAAUACUAGGAAAAUGGAGGAAAUGAAUGGAGGAGAAAUGGAGAAAAUGAAUAUUGGGGCCAGCAGAGCUAUCAGCUGGGAAGUAAGCUCCGCAACACGUACAUAAGAAGCACGGGCAAGCAGUGUUAGACUACAAGGUCGCUUUGAUGUGCUGGUCUAGACGUUCUAUUUCGUAUUCGUGGUGGAAUAGAUGUGUGAGAGCCAAGGAGAAUUUUAUCGAAAACCGGAUGCCCGUCGAAAAACACUAGAACAUGAGGAAACCAUUCUACACGAAUGGAGAAACUUCAGUUUCGAAGACGCUGUAGCUAUCUUCCUACCUGCUGACUCAUUUCGUAUUCUAGUCCACCUGGAUAAACUAGCGUCAGGAGUGCGUUUCUCCGCAUUUUACCACAUGUCGUCUAGCCGCCAACAAUUUGGAACGAACCUACAAAAAAUACUGGGGACAGCAGCCGCCGAUUACUUCACCAAGAGUUCGGUUUGAAACAUGGGGAGAAAAGAAGUCUGCUUAUAUAGUCACAAGGAGUAUCGGUACAAUUCAUUCGACUGCCAUGGGAGCGGCACUUUGGGAAGAGAGUUCAAGGCAAAUGUAGCUAAUCGGUCUUAACAAGCUGGAAACUGCCUCCGUUGCAGUGAAAGUAUUCCUGUUGCGUGCUGAAGUGCAAAAUGAACCCUCAACAUGGAAAAACUCGUGCCGACAACUGCCAGUUAAACGAUAUGACUGUAGCUAAGAAAGUAGAACUACUUUGCAUUUAUAAUAAGAAUAAAAAUUUCGGUUUAAGAUCAGUGUGCAGCAGCAGUACAACAAGCACAGUGUACUGCUGUCACACUGCACAGUGUACUGCUGCGCAUACAGUCACAAUCGCUACAGUAUAAGCCGGAACCAAAAAUUAGGAAACGGACUGAAUGUUUGUGCCAAAGACACGCAAAAUCAGAUUUUGUUGUUGUCUUCGUGAUUUAGUAAACUGUAAUACGCUGCUUGUCAUUGCUGACUAAUCAAUCGAGUGAAUCAAUCGAUUCGAAGAAGGCAUGACUGUUUCUGCACCGCAUGGCAAAAUAUGAAUCAUAGUAGUGUGAUGUGUCGUUUUGCAGUCUGUGCAGGCCAAGAAAAAUCUAUUUCAUGUAGCAUAAAUUAUAGCGGACUGCGCUUCGGCAACAGUUUUAUGACAUAGCACUUAUGCCAGUUUCAGGUGGUACUUCGCACAUGGCUUUUAUCAGAAAACAAAAUCCGAUUGCUAUGAUCCCCGGCUGACUGGUUCGCUGAGCGUGCAGAAAGGAAUCACAUAAGCGCUGGCUACAAAUUUGUUAAUUUUUGUGUGUGGUAUCACAGAACGCAUCCUUAUAAAACUGUGUAUUUCACAAUGAGCCUCGCAAAUAGAUCAAAGAAAGAUCUUUGGAUGAACGAGCUGCCAGCGUUAAUGGAUCGCCUCCGUCAGCUGCUACUGGCUGAGGGUGCGCGCAUGACUGGGCGCGAAGCCAUGAGCAAGCAUAGUCUCGUUUACGCAAUGUUUACGGAAUGUAAUCGGGUGUCAACGGGUCGUAUUGCUGAGGGGUUAAUGGUGAGAAUGUUUCUGCGCGACUGCAAGAAUUUGUACGGGCAGCUGCAAAGCCUAAUAACUGAACAUCUCGGACAGGUCCGCGAAAAUAUUGCUCGGCUUUCGGAAGACGAAUUCCUUGCCGCACUGAGUGCCUCGUGGAACCAUUUUAAAUAUUGUAACUUGAUCAUUCAUGGUAUUUUUGAAUACCUCAAUAGAGUAUACGUAAAGAUUGCGAAUUUGGACAAUAUAAAAGAUUUAGGGAUUCGGAUCUUUCGGGAUAACAUCGUUUAUCAUGAAGAAAUUCGUAAUAAAGUGCGAAACAAUAUGAUGGAUAAGCGACGGCAAGGUGCAGCGGCCGAUGCGGAUCAGGUGCGCAGUGCUUACGAAAUGCUCAUGGAUCUCGGCCAAGAAACCAUCGAUGUUUACCUGGAAAUCUGCGAACAUCCGUUUGUAGCGCGUUACAUACAACUUCUAAGCUCAGUGCAAAACAUGGGGAACCAGGAAGUGUGCUUGUAUGGUCGCAAGCAUUGCCGUUACAACUUCCAUGGCCUACUUGGAAACGGCGCCUUUGGAAACGUGUUCAGUGCAAAAACAACUGAUGGCGCUGUUGAACCACUAAUGUCAUCCGUUGCCGUAAAGGUUUUCCCGCUACGAGCAGAUAUGGAGGAUACAGCAGCCUGGAUUAGUUGGUGCCGACGACUGCGAAUACUAUCGGAACUCUCGCAUUUGAAUCUCGUUCGCUACCAUAAAAUCGCUGUAGUCUCCGCUAGCAGCGAAAGACAAGUUCAAAUUGUCAUGCAUCUUUGCGAUGGUGGUGACCUUUCAAAAUUAUUGAAACAAUACAGGAACAACGAUUCACGGCUGGAAUUACAAGCAGCUAUAAGUUAUGCAACGGAGAUCGCCGACGGUUUAUCGUUUCUGCAUUACAACAACAUUAUACACGGAGAUCUGAAACCUUCAAAUGUGUUGGUCCAUUCCAAUCGGUUAGUGAUUGGCGACCUAGACGGUAGUAUACCUAUGCAGCGGUAUAUUUCCUGUGCGGCUGACGCGGAGAAUCUCUAUGGCAGUCUUCACUACAUGGCUCCAGAGGUUCUUCGGAAAGUUCUCACGCUUCCGAUAGAUCAGAUACUGGGACGCAAAGUGGAUAUCUGGAGCUUUGGCUGCAUUAUUUUGGAUUUAGCUGAGGGUAUUAUUGGAGAAAGCAAUAGGUAUUUAUGCAAAAUGGACCAGGACGGUACCGACCUGAAAAUAAUCGGGGCAAACAUGACAACAUGGGCAUACGCUAAAUUAUUGCUGGAGGAAGGCUACUCUAUGUAUGUUGAUCCUGCUGUUCCGACGCGUCUAGCAGAAUGCAUUGCAAAAUGUUUGCUCGUUAAGCCGGAAACCAGAAGUUCGGCCCAUGAAAUGCUAAACUUAUUGAAAACAGAACCAUGCGCCAAUUCAGUGGGAUGAACCCAUCACCCGGAACGACUGGAACGACAAUCCUUACGGGAUCUAUUUUAUAAUAAUAAAAAUAAGACCAAUAAUGAUAAUAGUAAUGACAAUGUUUAAUUACUUUUGGAAACAAAAAUACUAAUUAUCGUACUGCGAAUUAAUGCGUAAUCAUCUAAAAAACAUACGAGUAUACAAGCUACUACGUGGUUGUUAAUGAAAAUAAAAAUCAAUGGAUUUCAACUGCUGAUAUCGCCUUUAUUAUGAUUCAUGGGUGCUGACAACUUGUAAUUAUUUAUAUUGUGUUACUAAUCUGUCUCUACUGUAGUUUUGCUUCGUGUUUUCUGUUCAGAACGACUUUUAAUAAACUAAG